CACAAACACACCAACAUAAAUUAUUAGUCAUGAAAGCUUCAAUAAAGUUCAGAGAAGAACAAAAACCUUUAUUUCGUGCCAAAAUUCCGGUGAGUGUCAUCGGAUUUCCGUUCCAAUCCGGCGUCGUCGCCGGCGAAUCGAAAGAGCUGUCAUUGAAUCUAGCAACAUUUUUUGAAUCAGGUCCGUCGGUGAAGAUCGCUUACCGUCCGAAUGAUUCUGUUAAUCCGUUUAGUCUCGUUUUCAAAACCGGAAUCGGAAAAUUCGGAUCUCCGAUUUCGAGCGCCUUGAAUAUGAGUGCUGAGUUUAAUUUCAUCACCGGAAGUCAAAGUCAAAACCCUAGGUUUUUUGUUAAGUUCAAGCCUCAUUUCGGCGAUUUCUCGGUUCAAAAAACUCAGUCUUCGGUUUUUAGUAAAGAAAGCGAUGAAAACGGAAUAAAGUUUAUCGGUUUGCCGGAGUAUUUUCCGUCGACGGAGAGUAAGUUUCCGGCGACGUUGAACGGCGUGUUGUCGGAGCUUGAAUUGACUGCGAGGACGUCGGUGCCUCUGCGUAAAAACGCGGCAAUGAGUUUCCGGUGGGGAGUUAGGGUUCCGGCGACAGAGGAUUCGGCGGCGGUGUUGGUGAAAAAGAGUGAUUUAUCAACGGCUGGGAUUUGGUUACAGAGGUUACCGUGUUUGUUAAUAAAUAAAAUCGGGAUCGAACACGUGGCGCGUGAUGAUUGUAAGGAAGUGAAAAGGGUGGGUCUGGGAGAUGGUGACGUGGCGAGUUUUAUGAAACAGAUGGAGACUAUACAAGUUGAGAAUAUGGCGUUAAGGAAAGCUAUAGAGAAUUUGAAGAGUGAAUUUACUGUUGUUAGAAAUGGGAAUAACGGUAAAUAUAAUGGCGGAGAUGAAGGUUAUUUUGGUGGGAAGGGCAUAGAGGGUAAAUUUGUUGAAGCAGAAGAAUAAUUGUUUGAAAUUUUGGAUUGAUUUUCAUUAAAAAUUUCGAAUUUUAUGUUUUUGUUGGUUAAAAUUGGGAAGUAAGAUGAGUAUCAUUCAUGAUUUGCAAUGUAAAAUUGAAUUUUGCUGCUAUAUAUUAUAAGUCAUUUUUGUAA